CCGCCACUCCCUCGUUCUUCCCUCUCCGCCUCUGGGCCCCCGCCAUAAACGCUCGCCUCCUCCCCGCCUCCCGCUGCUGUCCUCCCGCCCUACCUCGGGACACACCCGCCCGCCCGCCUCCCCUCCGCCACUCCAGUCCACCGGUCCCCUUCGUACCCGUGACUAUGACCACGAUGGCCAGCAACCGCGACAAGCUCAUGGCCCUGCCCUCCGUCAAGUGCUCCCUCUCUUCGCUUCCCCAGGCGACGAGCAUGGACGGCGUUCGGCUCCACCCCAGCAUGACCAUGACGGUCCAGCAAACGGCUGCCAGCGCGGCAAAGCUACAAAAAGCUCUCCAGAGCAACGCCUCUCGCGGGCCCAACUCCACCAGCAGCGCUGCCUACCCCGCCGCUGCACCUCCGCCAGCACGGAGUCAGAAAAAGUUUUCGGUCUGACUCACCGCGGUCGGCCCCUAGGGGACUCCUCCCGCCCCCCAUCGAUCGCUUUCUCUCUUCUUCCGGGUUUAUCAGGCACACCGCGCGCGUCGCGCCAUCGCACGAUCGCAACAACAUUACGGGGAACAUCGCCAGCACCGCUACGAUAUAUUAUAUUCAUAAUCCUGGCCCUACGCAUUCCUACCGUCGCCGCCUUCUGGGUUACACUUACCUUUUUCGUCCUUCGCACAUUAACUACUACUCGCUACCGCACUCCGCACACUAGACGACCGGUUUUCUCUCUCUCUCUCUCUCAUCUUAUCCUCUCUCCCGCUUCCCAUCGCGCAAAUCUGUAUCGCUUAUCCUCUCCCUCCCCGUCCUCGCAAAUCAUUC